AUGCUGGGCAGGGUGCGCACGGCGGUGGCGCAGCUGGUGGGGGGCCUGGGCCCCGCGCCCGGCGCUCAGCCCCCUCGGGACUCGCCUGCGCCGCCCCCGGUCCCGCCCGGCCCCAGCGCCUGCCGGGGGCCGCCCGUGGGCGGCGGCUUCUCCAGACCAGCCUUUCUGCAGCUCACCUCGGAGGAGCUGCAGCGGGCGGACGAUCACGCGGGCAGAGCCGUGCAGAGCCCCCGGGAGAGCUGCCGCCGCCUGCCCUGGAGCACCGGCUACGCCGAGGUGAUAAAUGCUGGGAAGAGCCAGCACAAUGAGGAUCAAGCCUGCUGCGAGGUGGUGGUGGUGGACAGGAGAUGCAGUCCGAGGUGUAACCCAGCGCCCAAGGAAUGCACAGGGGAAGCGGAGGGGGGCAGGAAGGACCUUUGCUUCCACUAUUGGGGCUUGUUUGACGGCCACGCUGGCAGCGGUGCCGCUGUCAUGGCAUCCAAGCUGCUUCACCUUCACAUCUGCGACCAGCUCAGGGACCUGGUGGAUAUCUUACAGGACUCCUCCCCUCCCCCGCUCUGCCUGCCGAGCGAUUCCCGGGCACUCCCGGCUGAGCGGAACCGGGCCCCCCUCGCACAAGCGGAUGCAGAGCUCCGCAAUGAUGCCCUGCCCCGAUUCCACCUGGAGAAGGCAGUCUCUCACGAAAGCCUGGUGAUCGGUGCAAUCGAGAACGCCUUCAAGCGGAUGGAUGAGCAGAUUGAGCGGGAGCGGACGACCCGGCUCGUGGCAGGAGGCUGCUGCGCCCUGGCUGUGGUUUACCUCCUGGGGAAAGUCUACGUGGCAAACGCAGGCGACAGUAGGGCCAUUAUCAUCCGUAACGGGGAAAUCAUUCCAAUGUCCAGGGAGUUUACUCCAGAAACAGAGAGGCAGAGGCUACAGUUUUUAGGGUUUUUGAGACCUGAGCUGCUGGGGAAUGAGUUCACGCACCUCGAGUUUCCCCGGAGAAUUCAGCACAAGGAACUGGGGAAGAAGAUGCUGUACAGAGACCAGAACAUGAAUGGCUGGGCCUAUAAAAGGAUAGAAGAGGACGACCUGAAGUUUCCGCUUAUCUACGGAGAAGGUAAAAAGGCACGGGUGAUGGCAACAAUCGGGGUCACGCGGGGCUUAGGAGACCACGACCUCAAGGUGUACAACUCCAAUAUCCACAUCAAGCCUUUCCUCUCCUGUGUCCCUGAGGUCAGAGUUUACGACCUGACGCAGUACGAACACUGCCCUGACGACGUGCUGGUCCUGGGCACCGACGGGCUCUGGGACGUGACCAAUGACCGGGAGGUGGCUGACGUGGUCACGGAAGUGCUGAUGAGCUACGAGCCAAACGACCCCUGCAGGUACACCAGGGCCGCCUACAAGCUGGUGGUGAGGUCCAGAGGGGUGCUGAAGGAGCGAGGCUGGCGGCUGGCCAACGACAAGCUGGGUUCCGGAGACGACAUCUCCGUCUUCGUGAUUCCUCUGGGCGGCCCCGGCAAUUACACGUGA